AUGUCAAGACAACAAUUUUCCAUUACAUCCAUCCUCCUUCUCCUCUCCAUCCUCACCUCAUUCACCACCGCCACAUACACACCAUUUGGCUUCCUUAUUCGGCGCCAACAAAUCGAUCCGCAGCGCUGCGAUGACUAUUCCAGAACCGCAAACUUCUCGACCGUCGGCUCCAACGCCACCUAUAGAGCUGCUUACCUCGACGCUUCACCUGAGGGCAGUGACCCUGCACGAGCCCCCCUCGAUUCGGCCAUGGCUCGACUACCUACUCUCCAAUUUGACGUCGACUUGAAUGCUCAGUGUGGGAACUUGACAGAAGUGGCAUUUGAAGGUGCUGAAACGAACUUCACUCAAGGCAUCGUGUUGCAAUUCAGAGUCGGAUCCGCACCUCGCAUUGGGUCAGGGGCCAUGGGCCUGGCCGCCAUCGCAGCCACGCUUGUCUAUGCAGCUGUCGAGUCGAUGUAG